AGAAAAAAACCAACUCAUGUGGUGUUUGCGAAGGAGGGACUAAACUAGUCAUUUUUGUGAUUCCCAAAUACCACCUCAAUUGGCAUUAUCUCACAUUUCAGUAAUGCAGUGUCCGUAAAAAAAACAAGGCAUUUGCAAAUUGCAAUAGAUAAUGUCUUGGAAUCUGAUGGAUUUGUAACAGCAGCUUUCAGAUCUCUCUUUCAAUCAUCUCCUAUGUAUAUACUGCACUAGUUACAAAAGUAAAAGAGGGAUAGUUCUACACGUUCACGGAAUCCUUCUCACUCCCUCUCGCUCACAUUCAUCUCUCGCUCCGUUCGUCCACGCGUCGAACACCUCGCCGUGAUCCAAUGCUCCAACUCCGCUCGCCGCCGCCGGCGACCAGCUCGCCGUCCUCCGCCGUCUCCUUCCCGACCCUCGCUCCUCGCCUCCUCCCCCUCCGCCGCCGCCGCCGCGGCGCGGGUUCCCAGCUCGGGGGCAAAACGUCGAGCGCCGUGCGCGCGUCGUCGGCGGCGGCGCCGGGCGCGACGGAGCCGGAGGUGAUGGUGGAGGUGGCGCACCGGGAGGUGGCGCGGGCGCUCGCGUCCCUGGCGGAGGCGCGGCUGGGCGCGCGGCUGCUCCCCUCCGCCGUGCCGCCCGACGUCGCCGAGUUCCGCAGCGGCGGCGGCGCCGGGAACGCCGUGGGCUCGCUCGACGUGCGCCGCGGCGCGCCGGGAUCGACGAUUGAUUUCAUGCUCCAGUCCUCACUACACUGCAAAGUCCCAAAUGGCGCAAUCGACAUUACAUCUCUUCUCAUCUUUCUGAACGCCUCGACAGAUGCUCCGCAUUUCCUCAUGGAAUUUAUACAAGGUAGCCCAACUUCGAUCGUGGUGCUUCUGGACCUUCUCCCACGGAAAGACCUUGCGCUCCAUCCCGAAUACAUAGAGAGAUACUAUGAGAAUACUCAGGUGGACAAACAGCGUGAGAAGGUCGAAGAAUUGCCGCAGGCCCGUCCAUACCGAUCGCGAUCCCUCUUCGUGCGCAGCACCUUCUCACUGACAGCAAUACUGAUGAGCAUCGACUGUGGGCAAGGAGGAGAGGGUACCUUGGAAGAGAUAGUGCGUGGUCAACUAGCAACAGCUGCUAGGGCACUUCUUCAAAUUUGGCUUGAUAGUUGUGCUGAUCAUACUUCAGAGAUGGAAGAAGGCGAGAGAGAAAACAUGAUAAAGAGGGACCAAAUUGUAAGGUCCAAGUCAAUCGAGGUCGACCUGACUUCAAAUUUGCCGAGGAUGUUUGGUCCCGAUGUCGCAGACCGAGUCAUAGCUGAAAUCCAGAAGGCCUUUGGGGUACAAGAGGCCUAGCUUUAGAACUGUGACCAGGAAUUCAUCUGUACAUCAUUCGAAAGUAAUGUUAGUAGUCUUUUGUCCCUUUUGCUUGAACAAUCAGAUAUAUUGUGUGAUUAUAAAUUUAUAAUUGCAAAUACCAUCAGAUGUCAUAAUUUUGUCUA